AUUCUUUUUAUUUCCAUUUUUUAUACCUUGUUGGUAGUAAACUUCAUGUUCAAAAGGGCAACACAGCAAUACUACCAUUUCAAUUUGACUUUGACAUUUGAAAUCACGGGCUUUCGUUCGUCCUUUCGUUUGUAGUUUCGUGAUAAUCGUAGUAUUAAUUAAAGCAGAAUAAUGACGACUCCUAAAUCUGAAAAAGACUUGCAUUUACCGCUAUCCAGAGUUAAAACUAUAAUGAAAAGUUCACCGGACGUCGAAGCUGUUGGGGCUGAACCGUUGUAUUUAGUUACCAAAGUUACUGAGCUAUUUGUAACAGAUUUGGCGAAACGGGCUUUCAAAAACAGUAAAAACACUUUCUUGGAAUAUAAGCACAUAGCCGAGGUUGUGCAGGAAGAUGAUACAUUAGACUUUCUACGUGAAAUAAUGCCUAGGAAGAUCACUGUGAGGCAGUUCAAAGAAAUGAUGGCUAAAAAAGCAGCAAAGAGUGGAAACUCUGAUGACUCUAGCGAGGAAUCAAGUGAAGAGGAGAGUAGUGAAGAAACUUCUAGUAACAAUGAACAAGACUGA